AGAAGGGUCUGGGAUUCCUUUAUGAGGUGCAACCAAAACAGCUGUAAGACAUAGCAUCAGGGAUAUUCUGGCAGGCUGUCUGGCUAGCAUUAUUUCUGAAUACGGUUGUGGUUUAGCUCACUAACAUGGCUGUGACGUUUGGACUCUCUUUGAGUGUUUCUUGGAUUUGUUGCCUGCUAAUUGGAGGGAUAACGUGUUUUACACUUCAAGGUGAUGCUUAUGGGCAUCCUGCCUACACUGGACCUGAACCAACUGGAUCCCAAGCAAGUGUGGUGUCUGGUCCAAAUGCUAAAGCUACUGGCCACAAUACCCUGGCAAUUGUGACGCAGGGUCCAAAUGCCAACCAUGCCUCUGCAGAAUCGACCGGCCCCUGCGUCUCAGCUGCAGCAACUGCCAACCGUGUCUCGUCAGAAGCGGCCGGCCCCCGCGCCUCAGCUGAAGCAACUGCCAACCGUGUCUCGUCAGAAGCGGCCGGCCCCCGCGCCUCAGCUGAAGCAACUGCCAACCGUGUCUCGUCAGAAGCGGCCGGCCCCCGCGCCUCAGCUGCAGCAACUGCCAACCGUGUCUCGUCAGAAGCGGCCGGCCCCGCGCCUCAGCUGCAGCAACUGCCAACCGUGUCUCGUCAGAAGCGGCCGGCCCCGCGCCUCAGCUGAAGCAACUGCCAACCGUGUCUCGUCAGAAGCGGCCGGCCCCGCGCCUCAGCUGAAGCAACUGCCAACCGUGUCUCGUCAGAAGCGGCCGGCCCCCGCGCCUCAGCUGAAGCAACUGCCAACCGUGUCUCGUCAGAAGCGGCCGGCCCCCGCUCCUCAGCUGAAGCAACUGCCAACCGUGUCUCGUCAGAAGCGGCCGGCCCCCGCGCCUCAGCUGAAGCAACUGCCAACCGUGUCUCGUCAGAAGCGGCCGGCCCCCGUGCCUCAGCUGAAGCAACUGCCAAAAAUGCCUCUGCAGGAGCGACGACCGACCUUGAACAGACGGCCCGACCCCUCAACAAGCUAGAUAGGGAGAUCAUAAUUUGGUUUGCCCAACUCCUUAAUCGUCUUUCCCCUGUUACUGUGUCUCCAUUUGAAGAAAAGGGCAAAGGUAACUGAGGUGAGGAAUUGUGCUCUUGUUUGAAAUGAGGAUCUCCAUCACUUGUGCAUCGUUGUGCAAAUUGUUUACAGGGGUGAACACUACAAUGGUAUGAAUUGUUUUCAAAACCAUACGACUAGAAUGUACUUCUGUUUUGGACAAUAUUGCUGACACUUAAGUUGUACGGUUAUGAUUUUGAUUCGUCCUGGUGUUCCUGCUAUUCUUUACAUGACUUGUUCAAUAAACAAUUUACUUCCCAAA